CGAUGACACGGUCUUGAUUUGGCUCAGUGACAGCAGACUAUUAAAUCCGUUAAGAUGUUAAACGUUUUUCUAUGUCUGGGACUUUUUGUAUCCCAUUACACUGUUAAUACCGAAAUCAUUUAUCAGGGGUUUAAUAGCUCAUUCGUUCCACAAUGGUGGCAACCCUGCAUUAUAUACGAGGUGUAUGUGCGGUCGUUCAAAGAUAGCAACGGCGAUGGCUUAGGCGAUUUAAAUGGAAUAACCGAAAAAGUAGACUAUUUAAAAAAUUUAGGAGUAUGCGCUGUUUGGCUAUCUCCGGUGUUCAAGUCACCACAACUGGACUUUGGCUAUGACAUAUCCAAUUUUAGGGAGAUCGACCCUAUAUAUGGGACAACGCAUGAUUUCGAUCGCAUGUUAGAGAAGUUCCACAAAGCCGGAAUAAAAGUACUCUUGGAUUUUGUGCCAAAUCAUACGAGUAACAUGCACGACUGGUUUAAGAAAUCGGUCAAAAAAAUAGACCCAUACACGGACUAUUUUAUUUGGAAAGAUGCAAAGUACGUUGAUGGUGUGAGGAGCCCUCCUAACAAUUGGUUGUCAGUAUUCAGCGGCUCCGCAUGGGAAUGGAGCGAGGGACGCCAACAGUAUUAUUUCCAUCAAUUCUUGGUCGAGCAACCGGAUUUGAACUACAGGAAUCCCAAAGUCCACGAAGAGAUUAAAGAUGUUAUGAGAUUCUGGCUGGAUCGUGGCCUGGACGGGUUUAGGAUUGAUGCGAUUUGUCACGUAUACGAAAAAGAAGACUUUGCAGACGAACCUCUGUCUGGCAAGCCUGGCGUCUUACCUACCGACUAUCUUUAUUUGGACCACCCUUACACCAUGCAACUACCCGAAAACGUUGGCUUGGUAAAAGAAUGGGAUGAGUUGAUCUACAGUUACAAGAAGAAAGAAAGCGACGAACUAAAAAUUCUUGUGUUAGAAUGUUAUGCGCCAACAAAGAAACUUAUGCCGUACUACAGUAACGAUUCCACGUGUAGGAGUACAUUCCCUUUUAACUUUAACUUGGUUGAACACAUGGACCGCGAAUCAGACGCCCAGGAUUUAAAAACCAUGAUUUCCACAUGGCUGAUCAAUAUGCCUGAAGGGUCAUGGGCCAAUUGGGUGAUUUCAAACCACGACCGUGACAGAAUAGCUUCGAGGAUGGAGAGUACGCUUUUGGAUGGAAUACACAUGAUUCAGAUGAUGUUGCCAGGAACGGCAAUCACGUACUACGGCGAUGAACUCGGUAUGGAAAACUCAUAUGUGCGGUGGGAUCAAGUCACCGAUACGUUUGCAUUGAACUACGGACCUGAGCGAUUUCAGUUAGUCAACAGAGAUCCAGAGAGGAGUCCAUUCCCGUGGGAUGACACGAAAAAUGCUGGCUUUUCCGAUGCCUCGAACGUAUGGCUUCCUAUCCAUCCCAAUUUUUGGGCUGACAACAUGAAACAACAAUCAAAACGUAAAAGCCAUUUAAGAACUUACAAACAGUUGGCGAGGCUAAGGCAAAAUCCAACACUGAUUUACGGAGACUUAGAUAUGUUCACGUUGUCAAAAUGGACGUUCGGUUUUACGAGGAGUUAUAAAGACAACCCAACGUACGUUGUUGUCGUCAAUUUCGGCAGCGAGACGGAAACGGUUGAUCUCUUAAAGUUCAGACCUACGUUGCCGGCCAUUUUAAAAGUCAAAGUGUCCAGUCUCAACUCUGGUCUUGUAACAGGAAAUCUGGUUAACGCCACAAGUAUUUUUUUGAGACCAAAAGCGGGUCUUGUCUUGAUCACGUCUUACAGUAAUGAAGUCUAAUAGCGCUGUUAGUCUUCGUUUUGUGGUUGUAUGGUUUUUUUUUUUGAAAAAAUAUUAUUCUUUUAAAAACAAAGACGAAUACACUAGUGGGUAAGGCGGUCAGAGCUCACUGUCACUCGCUGGUUUUGUAGAUUCACAAAAAAAUUGUACAUUAUAUUAUAAAACAUGUUUUUUACAAAGCAUUUUAAAUGAUCGUUAAUAAAAUAUUGCGUUAAUUAUUUCAAUAA